AUGUAUUUUUUAUUACUCAUUUAUUUUUUUGAGUGUUUAUAUAAUUUUGUAAACGGUAGUUCUACUAUCAAGCCACAAAAUAUUAACGAAUUAAUAAAAAUUGGAAAAUGUUGUGACUUGAAUGAAAUUAUUCUUGAUGAUAAGUGUGCAUUAUUAACGGAGACAAAUGAAACAACAACCUGGAAACCUGAUUUUAUAGAUGAUAAUUUUCCUGUCCGUAAAAAGCAAUAUCUGAAUUUUCAAUUUAAAAUUGGGUUACCAAAUUGUCGUAAUACUGAACAUCAAUGGCAUGUUUACUAUAAUCCGUACAAUCAAAGUCAAGAUCUCCUUGCAAUUUUACCAUCUGGGAGCCUAAGGCAUAUAUUGCAUGAUCGCUGGAAUAAUACUCAAAAUCAAAAAAAUGAGCUUCAUAAUUAUGAAAUUGAUGAUGACAGUAUAACAGUAGAGUCUCUUUACUUUGAUUACUCAUUUGGGCAUUAUUGUGCAGACAAAGCAGUUCUUAGUAAAAAUUCUCUUAUUACAACUUAUGCGAUGAUAUGUGUUCCUGCAGUUGCUUGGACCGACUCAAAAUAUCUCAUUCAACGAAUAGUGGAUCCAAUAACUCGAGCAUUUGGAAUUAGCUGUUAUUUACUUGUAGCUAUUGUAUAUUUUGUUUUGCCACAGCUACGCGAUCUUGUUGGAAAUAUAAUUACAAGUAUGACCAUGUGCCUUGUAGUAUAUCAAACUGCAUCUACUGUUAAAAUAAUAACAGCAAACGCCAGUCACGUAAGCUUCUUUAUUGCCGAUUCAGUGGCCUACGUAUCUCUACUAGCAACAUUUUUCUGGCUUAAUUCAUUUGGCUACUUUGUUUGGAGCACAUUUAGGUCACGUAAUAUCUUUUUACGUGUUUCUGACGGCCAGAAAUAUUGCUAUUAUUCUUCUUAUGUUUGGGGUUCUACUGCAACAAUAUUUGGAACUGCAAUAUUUGCGCACUUUACACUGGAGACCAAUAAAGUAAUCGUCGGUGAUGGAAUCAAUUAUGCUCAAGAAAGUGUUGGAUGGUUAGCAAUGUCUGUAAUUUUUGCUUCUAUAGCAUUGACGAUAAUUGUCAAUAUUUGUUUUAUUGUAAUGACUAUCAAUACAAUUAAACAAACUCGUACAUACGGAAGGAUUCACCACAAAAUAAAAUAUAGUUUUCGAAUGUUCACGCUAUUAUUUGGAAUCUUAAGUUUAGGAUGGCUAUCUUUUAUAAUUUCGCAUUUAAAAUAUGAUUCUUUGAUUUACUGUCAUAUUAUAGUGAAUAUUCUUCAAGCACUUUUCGUAGUCUAUGUUUGUAUAUUCGAACAAAAAAGGGUGUUGUUUCUUUUAAGUAAAACAUGCAAUUGUUGCAAUAGUGUACAAAAUACUACUGACGACAUUGAUUGGGGAGAAGAAAUGACAGCUAUCAAUGCAGGAUACUGA